AGGAAAUCUAACAAAACCAAAUGGAAUCUACGUCUAAAGGUUCCAGUAAUACGACGGAAGGUGAUUUAACAAGGCUGAAAUUAUUCAAUGAAAUAAAAAACAUUUUAAAGAGUGAUACAAAAGAAAUUUAUGCUAAGGUGGAAACACUUUUAUCCGAAAGUGAAAAUUCAAGUUAUCAUUUAUCAGAUGAAGAAAAAAAGCAAAUAUCAGAUCAAGUACAUAAAAUGAGAUCAAGAUGGGAUUCAAGUAAAAGAAUAGAAGAAAAAUUUUUGAAAAAAAAUCAUGAUUGGUUACAAAAAUCCAUUGAACUGAAAAAAGAAGACCGAAAGAAGAAGAAAAAUAAUAAAGAAUCAAAAGAAAAACAAAAUGAUGAAAAAAAUUCCAAUGCAGGUCGGCGAGAACUCAGUUUCUCAGAAUCUUCAGAACGAAGUAAACGCAGGAAAACAGAAGAAUUACGAACGAAUGUAUCAACUGAAGCUCUCCUAUACUCAGCAACAAGUAAAUUGCGUUCUGAAGGUAAUACUGAUUUUGCAAAAGUGGUGCGUGAUAUUUCCGAAGGGAGUCCUACAAAAGCUUCGAAAUACAGAAAAUCUUUGGAGUCUGCGAAUAAAAAUAUACCUUUCACUAAUAAUGAAGCUUUAUCGUUGUUUAUUGAACUUGGAUUAUCUCAAAGCAAAUACCAGCAGCUGCGAAAUGCUCAUGUGCAGAAAAAAUCAAGGAUUAUUCCAUCAUACAAAAGCUACAGAAAGCAAAAUUACAAUGUUAUUCAGCCUUAG